CUCUUCAAGGAAACAAAUACUUUGACUGAUACAAUGACACCACCGCCUAACUCAAUCAGCUCACGUAACGUGGCCGUGAUCGGAGCCGGAGCUGCCGGGCUUGUGGCGGCUCGAGAGCUUCGUCGUGAAGGGCACACCGUCACCGCCUAUGAGCGUCAGAAACAAGUAGGAGGACUUUGGGUUUACACUCCAAACGUCGAGCCAGACUCACUGAGCAUCGACCCGGAUCGAACCAUCGUCCACUCUAGCAUCUACCAAUCCCUCCGCACCAAUCUUCCACGAGAGUGUAUGGGCUACAGUGACUUCCCGUUCGUGACCCGACCCGACGACGAGUCCAGGGACCCGAGACGGUACCCGGAUCACAGGGAAGUCAUGAGGUAUCUGCAAGACUUCGCCAAAGAGUUCGAGAUCGAAGAGAUGAUUCGAUUCGAGACGGAGAUUUUGCGUGUGGAGCCGGCGGCGGAGAACAGUCGUGAAUGGAGAGUUCAAUUUAGGAGUUCAAAUGGUGUCUCCGGCGAAGAUAUCUUCGAUGCAGUCGUUGUUUGCAAUGGUCACUUCACUGAGCCUCGUCUUGCUCAUAUUCCUGGAAUAGAGUCAUGGCGAGGAAAGCAAAUCCAUAGCCACAAUUACCGUGUUCCAGAUCCAUUCAAAGAUCAAGUGGUGAUAGUGAUAGGAAAUCAAUCCAGUGGAAGUGAUAUUAGCAGGGACAUAGCAACCCUAGCAAAAGAAGUCCAUAUUGCAGCUAAGUCUGAUGCAUACGAAAAGGAAAGUUCCAUUUAUAGCAAUCUACAUAUUCAUCCGACGAUUGACCGCGUGUAUUCGGAUGGUUCGGUUGUUUUCCAAGACGGGAAAGUGGUAUUUGCGGAUGCCAUAGUACAUUGCACCGGUUACAAGUAUUGCUUCCCAUUUCUUGAAACUGACGGUUAUGUGACCGUCGAAGAUAACCGUGUUGGACCAUUAUACAAGCAUGUCUUUCCGCCCGCGCUUGCCCCUGGACUCUCCUUUAUCGGUUUACCUUCGAUGGCGUUACAAUUCUUUAUGUUUGAAAUCCAAAGCAAAUGGGUCGCUUCGGUUUUAUCGGGUCGGGUUAAGCUUCCUUCGGAGGACAAAAUGAUGGAAGAUGUCAUAGCUUUCUAUGCAAAGCUUAAAUCUUUGGGUAUUCCCAAGAGAUUUACGCAUUUUCUAACUGAUCCUCAAUGGACUCCGAUGUUCGAAAAGCUUAAGCCACAUGAAGCAGUUUUGAUCUCGCAAACUGAGUAUUUCAACUGGAUUGCGGAACAGUGUGGUUGCUCGUCCAUCGAACGUUGGAGAGAGGAACAAUAUAACAUCGCCAUAAAAAAAGAUGAAGACACUUUUCGUGAUGACUGGGAUGAUGAUGAUCAACUUAUCGAAGAAGCCUACCGGGAUUUUGCUAAAUUCAAACCGACCAAAGUGGCAGUGAUCGGAGCCGGAGCCGCAGGACUCGUAGCUGCACGAGAGCUACGCCGCGAGAAUCACUCCGUCGUCGUUUUCGAACGUGACUCAAAAGUCGGAGGUCUCUGGGUAUACACACCUAACAGCGAACCAGACCCACUUAGCCUCGAUCCAAACCGAACCAUCGUCCACUCAAGUGUCUACGAUUCUCUCCGAACCAAUCUCCCACGAGAGUGCAUGGGUUACAGAGACUUCCCCUUCGUGCCUCGACCUGGAGAUGACGAAUCAAGAGACCAGAGAAGGUACCCUAGUCACAGAGAAGUUCUUGCUUACCUUGAAGACUUCGCUAGAGAAUUCAAACUUGUGGAGAUGGUUAGAUUUAAGACCGAAGUAGUUCUUGUUGAGCCUGAAGGUCAAAAAUGGAAGGUUCAAUCCAAAAAUUCAGAUGGGAUCUCCAAAGAUGAGAUCUUUGAUGCUGUUGUUGUUUGUAAUGGACAUUACACAGAACCAAGAGUUGCUCAUGUUCCUGGUAUAGAUUCAUGGCCAGGGAAGCAGAUUCAUAGCCACAAUUACCGUGUUCCUGAUCAAUUCAAAGACCAGGUGGUGGUAGUUAUUGGAAAUUUUGCGAGUGGAGCUGAUAUAAGCAGGGACAUAACGGGAGUGGCGAAAGAAGUCCAUAUUGCGUCUAGAUCGAAUCCAUCUAAGACAUACUCAAAACUUCCCGGGUCUAACAAUUUAUGGCUUCACUCUAUGAUAGAAAGCGUACACGAAGAUGGGUCGAUUGUUUUUCAGAAUGGUAAGGUUGUACAAGCUGAUACCAUUGUGCAUUGCACUGGUUACAAAUACCACUUCCCAUUUCUCAACACCAAUGGCUAUAUUACUGUCGAGGAUAACUGUGUUGGACCGCUUUACAAACACGUGUUUCCGCCUGCACUUGCUCCCGGACUUUCCUUCAUCGGUUUACCCUGGAUGACUCUGCAAUUCUUUAUGUUUGAGCUUCAAAGCAAGUGGGUGGCUGCAGCUUUGUCCGGUCGGGUCACACUUCCUUCAGAAGACAAAAUGAUGGAAGACGUGACCGCCUACUAUGCAAAGCGUGAGGCUUACGGGCAACCGAAGAGGUACACACAUCGACUUGGUGGGGGUCAGGUUGAAUACCUCAACUGGAUAGCCGAGCAAAUUGGCGCACCACCCGGUGAACAAUGGAGGUAUCAGGAAAUAGAUGGCGGAUACUACAGACUUGCUACACAAUCAGACACUUUCCGUGAUAAAUGGGACGAUGAUCAUCUCAUUGUUGAGGCUUAUGAGGAUUUCUUGAGACAGAAGCUGAUUAGUAGUCUUCCUUCUCAGUUAUUGGAAUCCUGAAGAUGAUGAAGAUUCCUUGGACAAAUGGUUGACCUGUGUGUGUUGUUAUUUGUUGUUGUGUAAAAUAAAAGCCAUAUAGGUUG